UCGAGCUGCCCCACUCGUUUAUUUACCUGGAAUCGACCUAGUGCUUUACUGGGACACAUCUACUAUUUAUCCAUAUUCCUUUGACUUUUGUGACAAUCAGCCAUGAAGAAGGUGAUACGCAUCUAGUAACCCCCCACACGGCAUGGAGAAAACACGGGUCGCCAAGGUUGAAGAUGUGACCUUGGCGCGCCGUGGCGAACAGGUCGUUGGCACACUCCACCUCACCCCUCAUCAUAUUGUCUUUACAACCACCCCCCCGGCUGCCGACCCUACACAGCCCUCCAGCACCCCAAUCAGGCCACGGGAACUCUGGAUCUCUUUCCCUAUCAUUUCCUUCUGUAUCUACCGCCCGACCCCCGCGGUCUCUCGUCAGCCGUCCGCAAUCCGCAUCCGAUGUCGCGAUUUUAUGUUUGUCUGCUUCUAUUUUGAAAACGAGACAAAGGCACGCGAUGUCUACGAAAACAUAAAGACAAGGACAUGCAAGGCUGGGCGCGUUGACAAGCUCUAUGCGUUUUCUUACCAACCGCCUCCCCCUGAGCGGGAGUUCAACGGUUGGGAAUUGUACGAUCCCCGCAAAGAGUUUGCUCGACAGGGGGUGGGCCAGAACGGGCGUGGUUGGCGGAUCUCGACCAUCAACUCGGACUAUGGGUUUUCGCCAACCUACCCAGCCGUCUUUGCCGUCCCGUCGACCAUCUCCGACAACACGCUCAAUUACGCCGGGCGCUAUCGCUCCCGCGCACGAGUGCCUGUUCUGACAUAUCUUCAUCCGGUGAAUAAUUGCUCGAUCACGCGCAGCUCCCAGCCCCUGGUGGGUGUACGGCAGAAUCGAAGCAUCCAGGAUGAGAAAUUGCUGGCCGCCAUCUUCUCCGCCUCCCGGUCUGAGAGGCCGUUGGCGAACGUCAAGCCCCCGCGUCUGGAUAAUGAUUCGUCUGGAUCGACUUCAGAAGAUCCCUCCGGUAGUCCGGGCAUAACUGAGCUGGGAAAGGCCGAGGAAAUGGAGGAUGAGAUGCUGUCAUCAUCGUUCGAGGGAGAGUUUGGAGAUAAGCCUCAGAUCUACGGCGCCCAGCAGCAUAAUCUGAUCGUCGAUGCGCGACCGACUGUAAAUGCGUACGCCAUGCAGGCCGUGGGGCUGGGUUCUGAGAAUAUGGUCAAUUACAAAUUUGCUACCAAGGCGUACCUGGGGAUUGACAACAUCCACGUGAUGAGGGACUCCUUGAACAAAGUGAUGGAUGCGUUAAAAGACUCGGAUGUCACGCCGCUCGGUCCCAGCCGAGAUCAGUUGGCGCGGAGCGGGUGGCUGAAACAUAUCUCGGGAAUCCUGGACGGUGCCGGGCUGAUUGCCCGCCAGGUCGGCCUCCAACAUUCACAUGUGCUGAUUCAUUGCUCCGACGGGUGGGACCGCACCGGUCAGCUGAGUGCCCUGAGCCAAGUGUGCCUGGAUCCGUAUUAUCGGACAAUGGAAGGCUUCAUGGUCUUGGUGGAGAAGGACUGGCUCUCGUUCGGUCACAUGUUCCGGCACCGCUCGGGCCAUUUGAACAGCGAGAAAUGGUUUCAGGUAGAGAAUGAACGGAUCGGAGGGGAUCCCAAUCGAGGAUUUGGGGAGGGCGGCGGUGCGGGAAAAGCUAUCGAGAACGCGUUCCUGAGCGCCAAAGGGUUCUUCAACCGCGAUAAUACCAGCCGCGAUUCCCUUCACGAACCCGAAGGCGAAAUGCAAAGCUAUGAUUCCGACAAUCCUACCGCUAAGAAACCUAGUCCACCCCCCCGGGUAGCUCCCGCUGAGAAGGAGGUCACCAAGGUCAAGGAAACCAGUCCCGUCUUCCACCAAUUCCUGGAUGCCACCUACCAGUUGCUGUACCAGCAUCCCACCCGGUUUGAAUUCAACGAGCGAUUCCUACGGCGGCUCCUCUACCACCUGUACUCGUGCCAAUUCGGGACGUUCCUCUUUAACAGCGAAAAGGAGCGUGUGGAAAUCCGUGCGAAAGAUCGGACUCGCAGCGUGUGGGACUACUUCCUCGCUCGGCGGGAGGAGUUUUCCAAUCCUCAGUAUAACCCUCUGAUCGACGACCAUAAACGUGGCCAAGAGCGCUUGAUCUUCCCCCGGCUCAAAGAAGUCCGAUGGUGGAAUGAGGCUUUUGGCCGGACCGACGAGGAGAUGAAUGGUGCGCGUGUUUACGGCGCGUCUCCCCCGACUGGUCCGGAUGAUCGCUCCGAGCCCGAACGGGCCCCGGUGCUAACGGGGAUCGAGACCGCCCAUCAUUCUGUGGGCAGUGGGCCAUCUGUUUCUGAGGUUGCGACGGGUGCUGCCCCAAGCGGAAUCGCAGCAGUGACCUCCGGUAUCUCUAGUCUUGUCAUUCCUCAAAACCACGAAAACGAGCAAGAGCUCAAGGAAACAAGCCAGAUGACCGUCGAAACACAGUGAGGAGACACGACCUGGAUUUCUUGAUUUAGCCAAGAUUAGUUUUACGAAGUGAUACGAAGAAACUGGUACGGGUAUUGUUAGAAGUACAUACAGCGAUUACAAAGGCGGAGUCCUACUUUACUCAAUGGAGCAUUUUGCCCACCGAUGGAG